GUCAGUAUUUGGUUCGCCAAUUAAUGAUACGAAGUUCCGGUCUGAUGAUCGAACACUCUCUAUGAGAAUGUUAUUAUAUUGGACAAAUUUUGCUAAAACCGGGUAAGUUUUAACGUCUACUCCGACGGAUGUAUUUUGUCAAGUUUUGCGGUAUAGAGGGCGUAGAAAAAAAUUAAAAUCGGUUUAAUUUCUUUUUUAAAGCGGCUAAUUACAAAUAUAUAUUAUAUCCCUUCAAAAUAUAAUUAGAGAGGUUCAGAUUUGGCUAAUCGCACUAUACUGCUCCCGCUACCUCCCACAGGCUUAACACGUAUUUCAUUGGUUGGAUUCAUUGGACAGAUUAAAUGCAUCUGAAUGGCUAAUGAAAACGGUACAAGCGGUGCUGGAAGUCAAAAUCCAAGCCUCUCUAUUAAAAUACUCACAACAUUUAUCAUAGGUUUCAAUCGCAUGUCCCGAAUAAGAAACAUAAUUGCAGGGAGGUGAGUACGGAAUUGAAUUCAGCGUGGGUGGCUGAAAAUUUCCCGAACUCACCGAAGUGAGGUGGUUUCGGGAAAUUUCCAGCCACACGAGGUGCUUCCAAAUGGCGGGCUCACCGAACUUGCAAGUUUGAAAUAAACAAAUUUCUGCAGACAGCAGAAAAAUUUGUUAUCAGACAAUUUAUGAAGCUAACAAAUCUCUACAAUAUUCCCUUAUUCCUGAAAAAAGAAAAUGAACACAUUCUGCGCUGUGGCAUAGCCAGCCCGACGAUACAUUCCCGCUAUGCAAAUAUUGCCAUGUUUAAAAACUAUCAACACAAUCAAUUUCAAAAGAAAUGAUUAAUAAUUAAAUGAUUCUGCGUAAACAUUGCCAAGAUUUAUAUAAACCUGCCCGUGUCGAACAAAUUCCGGCGGCCAUCUUUCUUCUCUUCCACUUUGAAUACAGAAUAUUCCAUUUUUAUAAAAAAUAUUAUAAAACAAUUUUAUUUUUUAUUUAAAUGUUCGUCUCAAAUUUGUUCAUAAUGGCCGACGCCAAAAACAUCAAUCUCGAACGCCCCUCCUAAACAUAUGUCAGCAGGUGGGUUCGAGAUUGAACGCACCUCCUCGUGGCCAAUAGGAAAGCCGCUAAUACGCUAGGUAUGAAAUAACAUUGAGAUCCCACCUAGCGCAAGGUGAGAUCUCAUCAACCCCAUUUCUCAAGCAAAUGAGCACAAUUUAAUUUCUAAUUCCACUUCCCUUAUGCAGAGAUCCAAAUUCCGGCACCAGAAAGCUACCGAUUGUGGUAGACAAGUUCGACAGUUUACCAUUAUGGCCUCAAUAUAGCGAUAGUAAUGAAGAAUUUCUCGACAUGGAAAGUUUUUCUCAGAUGACCGUGAGAACAAAAUUACGUGAAAAAUAUUGUACAUUUUUGAAUGAUCCUGAAGGAUUUAUUAAAAAAGAAACGAGUGGUUCAACGAAAAAUUUUAUUAACCUGAGGGCUUGGCUUACCAUGGUGGCAUUUUAUGUAAUUUUUUAUUUGAUCAAAUGAAUUUUAUUGUUUGAGGACAACAGUAAAUACGUUGACUAUUAAUGUAAUUACAGUUGAUUUUAUAUAAUGCAUUUAAAGAUUUCAUUGUCAUAAUUUGUAGUGUACUCUAACUUUAUGCACAGAUUCUUAUACGAACUGCCUGUUAUAUAAACCAAUUUAAAAAAUAGUUGUCAUUCUUGUUUAUUCCAAAAUUCAUGUCGACCAAAGUAAUCACUCCUUCCUUUUAGAGUACUUCGAGACUAAUAAACUAUAUGAUGACUAUCAGUUUUACAAAAUAUAACACACUGUGUAUUAAAUAAUAAUAAAUAAUAAUGAAUUAACGUGGUAAUAAAUUUACGUGGUGUUUCCACAAACAAAAAGUGUUAUAUAUUUUAUCACCAUGCAAUCAUACAAAGAACUCUACCUCCUCCGCAGGCGCUUAGGGUGCAUUUCGGGC